AUGGGAGCUGUAACCUUCUUAACAAUUAUUUUGGUGACCUUGCUGGGUCAUCGAUCCAGUGCCCUGGAGUUCGAAGAGUGUGCCAGUGCUCCACAAUUGGGAGUUUAUGUCGCCAGCUCUAGCAAUUGCUCCAAAUACAUAUAUUGUGCCGGUCCAGGAUCCUUUGAGGCCGAGUGCUUGGAUGGUCAUUACUACGACGAAAAAUUGGAACGCUGUUUGGAUCGAAAGUUGGUGUCGAGAUGCCGGGAUCCCGUAGGCAUAACCACUAAAUCCCCCUCGAUGGUCAAGAAGCCAGCUCAGAAAGCGGAACCAUUGGCGAUUACCCUGCGACUUUUACCCAAUGCCGGACCAUGUUAUCCUUAUAUGGUCUGCUACGAGGGGGCUGGACUGGCCAAGGCCUGUACUCCUGCUCAUCUAGUGUCCUGCAAUCGCAUGCAAACGCGAGAGAAUAUCAUCAACUGCCAGGAGGGAGUCUAUGGCUUUAUGCCACAUCCACGGAACUGCGCCUACUUCUACUACUGCUCCAGUGGCUCCAAGCUGGUCCAUCGAUGCCACUUGAACUACACUUGGCACUACGAACGGAGGUCCUGCGUCCAGCAGUCCGAGAGGAUGUGCUACUCCGAACAACUUCGGCUUAUACGAAAUAAAAUAGGAAAGGCCAACCGGACGUAA